CCCCACUCCUGCAUAAUCAAGCUCUUUUAUUCUCGAACAAUGGUUCUUCGAUCGUGAGCAAGCAUGAACGACCACGAGUGCUACUGCUCACCGCUCACCCUGAUGACGAAUGCAUGUUCUUCGCGCCUACAUUACUUGGGCUUAUUCAAGGACCAUCUAAAUCAAAAGAUGGGCUUGAGCACCUUGAAGCAAAUUAUGAAGAAGUUACGCCGUCUGCGGACGUGUAUUCUCUCUGUCUUUCCUCAGGAAAUUCAGAAGGUUUAGGAGAGAUACGGAAACGCGAGCUUGGAGACAGUCUUGACGUCCUUGGUAUUGGUAUAGAGAGACGUUGGGUCCUGGACGAACCAUUUCAGGACAAUAUCACUUUGUUCUGGAAUGCAAAACUCAUUGCGGAUCAUGUCAGACCCUAUGUUGAAGAAAACGGGAUAGAUGUGAUUAUAACCUUUGACGACCGCGGGAUAUCAUCACAUCCAAAUCACAUCUCCCUCAUACAUGGAGCCCGGGAGCUCCUAGCUAAUUCUCCGGGAAAUAAUCUACGUGCAUUCAGCCUCAAGACCGUCGGAAUUAUCUCAAAAUAUACCGGCGCUGGAGCUGCACUAUUCGCAAAGUUAGAGCAAGCAUUCUGUUCUAUCACUCCAGGUCUUCCUUUAUUGUACGGACUCCUGCUGGAUGUCCUCCCUGCUUUGCCUGGAGGUCUCCGUAUCACGGACUGCACGAAGUACGAUGCUGGAGAGACUGGGUCAAGCGUUUUAUUCGUAUCGGGAUGGAAGGAAUACAUGACAGCACUACGCGCUAUGCGAAUGCACAGAUCACAGCUCGUAUGGUUUCGCUGGCUUUAUGUAGCUUUCUCACGCUAUAUGUGGGUCAACGAGUUGAACGAGAUUGUCGUCAGUUAGGAUAUCCUAUGUAUUUUGCCGUUCCUAAGCACAUGUGGAUUGUGGACAUUCUCGGCUAACCGCGAUAUCUCUUCAUGGUCGAACGAUGGAUGCGAGGCGCUGAAGUAGAAGCCGAAGGUCCUCCUAAUCGGAAAUGAGGUCGCGAAUACUCAUUGGUAGACCGAGGGUGCUCUUUAUUCGACCGGGGGCGUUGCUACUUGACUGAUAGGAAUUAGUGCUUCCAGCUUUGUAAUAGUAAUUUAUUGGAU